AAGAAACUGGUUUUAAAGGGGUCAUAUGGCGCGAAUACAUGUUUUUCUGUGUCUUUGGUGUGUUAUAAGUUGCCCAUGCAUGUAUUAGACACGUAAAAUUGCAAAAAUGAAAGUGUCGGCACAAAAGAUGCAUUCUAUCUAAAAGCGAAUGCUCACCCAGACCUGCCUGAAACGCCUCGUGUAACCACACCCCCACAAAUCUACAUCAGUUGGUGGUCUGAUUUGACUAAGACCACCCAAAUGUAUACGCAAGUAAGGUGGGCGUACCUGUCAGUACAAUUGAAGAGGAACCUGAUGUUCCAAAUAUGGUAAGAGGCGUUACAUUUCUGUCACACGCUUGCAGUAUUCCACCUAUCACUACGCACUGGUUAACUGGCCAAUCAUAGCACACCUCGCUUUUCAGAGCCAUGAGCUUUGUAAAAAAUCUGCGCGUUUCAGAGAGGCGGGGCAAAGAGGAGACACAAACAUGCAUGAUCACGAAUGAUGUUGAGGGGCUCUGAGCCGAGCUAUAAUAGAACUGACUUUCCGUACUCUUUCAAUGAGGAAGGCUACCUGCGACACAGAGAAACCUAUGAACCCUACAGGUUUCCUUUCAAACUAGAUGAUGUCAGGGAAACUGAAAGACAACAUCAAGCCUUGUGUCAUUACAUCACUCGACAAGUGUACAACCUCCUAGAAGAAAAGUUUAAUCUCAUCAGGUUUUAUCUCGAGGAGGAGAGUUUUGUAUUUUUGAGUCCAGGAGCGCUGGAGCAUCCCGGGAGCCUCGUGGUUCUGAUCCAGGACUGGGGAUCCAUGAGAUGUGGUGUGUGGAGCUGGAAGAUCGUGGCACACGAAGGACUGGAGCUAGGCAGUCAGAUUCCAUACCUGCGCUGGGCUGCGCUGGAAUCGCGCGCAGUUAUCCUCAUGAAUCCCAACGAAGGUGGUCAACCCCUGGAACGGCACGUGCAGUUAGUCUGGGACCGUUUGAUUUCCAAAAGCUUCGCUGAGCACGUCUUUGUUGUAGCUCACGGCUAUGGCGGACUGGCUUUUGUAGAUCUGCUUUGCAACUGGCUGAAGGAGGUUCAGGAUCGAGUGAAGGCAGUGGCUUUCCUGGACUCAUCUCAUAGCUUGUGGCAUCAGCCAUUGGGCAAAGCCGGUCGUGAUUGGCUGAAAUCUCACUCGAGGUCUUGGAUACUCAGCACAAAACCACUGAAUCGGUCUGUAGGGUCACUGAAGGCAGGUUGCCCGCAGUUAUCAGCGGGCACGCAAUGCCACGACUCUGUGCCUGCGCUCUGUAUGGAGUCUGUGUUUCGUUUCUUCACCAAGAUAAUGAAACCCAAAGCCCCACCGGUUCCUUUUGAAAUCAUCACGAGAAGCAAGAGUCACGUCACUGACCGAAAUAACAAUUCACCUACUUAUUGACCUUCUGGACUGAGUUCAUGAAAUAAAAGAAUUUGCAUCAGAAUGUUCGAAAUCUAUUUAUUUAAUGCACAUUC